UCAGCUAGACACUGAAGGUCAAUAGAGCAGCUUUUCAUCCUGAGAGCUCAGACACAAACAAGUGGACGAUGGCCGGUGAACAACGCUUUGUAAUCAGUGCCCGUAUUAUCGGAGCCGUCCACAGGGACACACCAAAAAUGAAGAUGCUCUUGAUAUCUGUGUUGUGGUCUGACGAGACUGAAGUUAUUGUCUACAGGUCCUUCAAGAAUUUCAAGAAAUUUCAUAGGCAGCUGAAAAAGAGGUUCCCUCACAUGAACGCUUUCAGGAAAAACGACAGAGUGAUCCCCAAAUUUAGUGGGCAGGCCAGGAGGAACAACCUCCAGCAGAAAGGAUCCAAGCGAUCAAUCCAACGCAUGAAGUUCCUGGAGAGCUACUGCGACAAGCUGCUGAAGUGCGACCAAACUGUGACUCAGAGCUCAGAGGUGACUCAGUUCUUCAUGCCCAAAGACCACGACCUGCAGCCAGACUUCACCAAGAACAGCAUCAUGAUCCUGAUGUCUGAUGAUUUGCCCGAUGGAGGUGGUGGAGGAGGCGGUGAUAUGACUCGCCAGCAUGCAGGCAGCGUCACUCACCCGUUUGUCACCCAGACUUACCGCUGUGUGGCUGCUUACGAGACAAAGGAUACCAAGAAUCGUCCGUUUAAGGUUGCUGUGGACGAGAAGCUGGAUGUCCUGAUCAAAGACCCUGCAGGUUGGUGGCUGGUGGAGAACGAGGAUAAGCUUUUGGCUUGGUUUCCUGCUCCCUACCUGGAGUUAUGGGAAGGAGAGGAGGAUGAUGAUGCUGGAUUCCAGCUUGCAGGUGCCCUGUACUGUGCCGUGAGGAGUUACUCAACUAAGAAGGAUGACGAGGUGUCAGUGCCCAUUGGCUCUGUGGUGGAGGUGCUGAGGAAGUCUGACAACGGCUGGUGGCUCAUCAGAUUCAAUGGCAAGGCAGGUUAUAUCCCCUCCAUGAAGCUGCAACCAUACAACAACCCACGGUUAGGCCUUUACAGCCUGCAGAGAAAGCUGCACAGUUCCACUCUGAACCUGGCAACCAGCAGGGAACCUCAGGGUCCUCGUCCACCCGGCAUCAACGAAGAAAACAGCCCACAACAGGAUUCUGUGGCCGGGCGUCUCUACAAGGCCCGAUCUCUGGACGUCCUCUCUGAGACCUGGUCGCAAGUACAGGCGGAGAGGGACGCCGCAAACUCAGAUGGCCGCUUACGCAGCGAGAGCAACACAAGCACCGAGAGCAACACAAGCACCGAGAUCAGCUUCUCCGGCUUCUACUCAAAAAGCCAAUCGUCCUCAAGUUUAAGAGAUGACAUGCUGUGUGAGAGUCCCACAGGCAGUCCUGCAGCUUCCCCCCAGCCUAGUGUCAGUGACAGUGGGAGAAUCAACCCUGAUCUCAUCCUCUCUGACCGCCGUGGCUCCAACACUAGCUCUGACAGCUCUGAAUCUGUGAGCUCCAAAGGAAGUGAGACGGCUUCAAUGGCUCCCAGGAUGCCACCCAGACCAAAAACCGAGGACAUCCUGACUCGCUGCACCACCAUGACCCGCAAGGCAGCCCUGGCCACCAAGACCCGGCUUCACAUUCAGCCAGAGUCGAUCCACAGCCGCUAGGGAUUCACAAGUCUUUGAUUUAUGAAGUAUUCAUGUAACAUAUUUAACCAGUUCGACCCCAUAGGGUCAGUCAGUGAAGUGUGUUUUGUGCAGCAUUGUUUAAAUCUCUAUUUAAAAGUUUUUGUCAGACCAGAGAUUGAAGAGAUAGUAACCUUUACAAGAUAAAUAUAUGUUGAAAACCAUAAGAUACCAUGAUAACAAUAAAGUAGCUUCAGUGAAGCGUCAGAAGGAGCAGGAACCAGAAAAUGUACGUGACAUUGUCAUGCAAAAGUAAACA